AUGAUUUUUUUUGGAAAAUCGCUUUGUCAAAAUAUCAUCCUUUGCUCGAAAUAUCUGUGGCAAAAAAUUGCAAGUAUUGACGAUGAGCUGGAUGCAGAACUGGAACCCGAAUUCGAUGAAGCUGAUGUUGGGCGCUUAACAACAUUUAACUGCACCUCAAGUGCCGUUAGCGAUUUUUAUUCUUCAAUUCAAUGUACGCCGAUGCCAAAUGCUCUAAAUCCGUGUGAGGACGUUGUCGGCUUCGACUUCUUGCGGUGGGCCAUUUGGUUCGUCUGGAUUUCGGCAAUUGUUGGCAACGUUGGCGUCUGGAUUGUACUCUGUCAUACGCGGCAAAAAGCUAUGCAAGUGCAUUACUUUUUUAUGGCGAAUUUGUCAGCUGCCGACUUGCUAACAGGCGAACCGUCAGUUUGCCUUCCCACAUUGAGUUUUUAG